UCAUAACCCCACUUUGUUUUUGACUUUGACACUUCAUCAAAGAUAAAUAUAAAAUGAAAAUAAAUUAAUUUAUCAAAUAACAAAAGGAAAUUGGCUAAAUUUAUCGGAAAAUCAUGGAUCCUGCAGAGGAUAUGUGUAAAAGUUUGGUGAAAUGGCUGCAAAAGAUCGUGCCGAACCGUUCGCGAAACGUUUCGGAAAUCUGUGAUGGAGUUGCUAUGACCGAAGCCCUACUUCAAAUAGCUCCGACAUACUUCGAUAAGCUCGAGCCCAAAAUUAAGAAGGAUGCAGGCUCCAACUGGAGACUGAGGAUCAGUAAUUUAAAAAAAAUAUCUGAGGCAGUUAUAGAGUAUUAUCAAGAUGUUUUAACUUUACAAGUACUAGAGCUAGGUAAACCAGAUGUGACUAAAAUCGGCGAGAACAGUGAUCUGGUACAACUUGGCAAGCUUCUCAGAUUGAUUUUGGGUUGUGCAAUAAAUUGUGAUAGAAAACAGGACUACAUCACUUUAAUCAUGGAAAUGGAAGAAUCUGUCCAAAGAAACAUAAUGCAAACCAUCCAGCAACUUGAAGAAAUAACAGGAGGUCCAGGCAGAUCAAAUUUGAGCCUCCUUAUCCUAGACAGCGACACAAGAGUAAUGAAACUGGUAGCCGACCUAGAAGCCUCCAACGAAGCUAGAGAAACCCUAGCUCUACAAUGCCAAAACCUAGAACACCAAGUACAAACAUUAACAGAAGAGAAAAAAGUCCUAGAAUCACAGUGUCAAGAGAUGCAGGAGAAAGAAUUCAAAGGCCCGGAUGUACGUAAACAAAUAGAAGUCCUGAAAGAAGAAGUAUUUAAGGCUGAAGUAAUGCGCGACGAUUUUAAAGCCAAAGUCGAGGAACAGGAAAAACAGCUGUGGAACUACCAGCAAAAAAUACAAGAACUUCAAAUUGCCGCUAACGAUUCUUCAAGACUAAAAGACGAAGUUGAUGCUCUGUCUGAAUCGGUUGGUAAAGUAAAUGACUUGGAACUUGCUCUGGCUUCUUAUAAAAAAAGGCUAGAAAACUAUCAAGACCUCAAAAAACAAGCACAAAAGUUUGAAGAGAAAGCCAUGGAGUAUUUGAGGAAAAACAUGGAGAUUGAGGAGGAACUUACUAAGAGUCUUAGCUGGAAAAACCAGUGUGAAACUUACAAAACUCAGCUUGUAGAGCUCCAGCAAAAACUGGAUGAAGAAACACAGAAAGCUGACAAGACUCAGUUCAAUUUUGAGAAUUUGGAAUCCAAAAUGAUUGCAUUACAAGCUGAAAGAGACAGGUUACUUUUAGAAAGAGACACUUUAAGAGAAGAAAACGAAGAGUUAAAACUAGGUCACGUUAAAUCUGAAAGCUCAACAGCAGUUUCUCAAGAACUACUUCCAGCAGAUCUAAAAGAACGCCUACGCUUCCUGGAGAGAGAAAACAAAACACUUAAAGCCACCCAACAGGAAAUAGACACUAAACAGACCGUCCUAGAUCAGGCUGUUAGCCGUGCAGAAAAUCUUCAACAGCAAAACAGAACUUUGAACCAGUCAGUAUUAAAACUAGAAGCACAACUUGAAGAGCUAAAAAAUGCAUCAGGAGAACCCUCCAAUGGCUCAUCUUCAGUCAAAAAGCUUCAAGAGGCUCUUGCGGCCAAAGAACACGAGCUUCAAGUGGCUCAAGCAAAGUACCAGCGUAAUUUAGAAAGGGCCAGGGAGGUGGCAGCUCAUUUGGAUCAGGCUGAGAACCGAAACAGGACUUCCUCGAUGGGGGUGCUUGAGGAAAGGUUAGUGGCUGCCGCUUUCUAUAAACUAGGAGGUUUACUGCAGAGGGAGGCCGUGGAUGAGAGAUUGGCCGUGUUGAAUGCGCAGGGGCAAUCUUUUUUGGCUAGACAGAGGCAGCCGGCACCAAGGAAACCUCAGCCUAGAUAUAAGUCAAAAUAAUCCCUUAUUUACAUUUUGUGUGUAAUGUAUACCUUAACAAAAAGUAUUGUAAUAUUUAAAUCACUAAUUUUUAAAGAUAAAUUUUUAUAUUAAGCUGUUAUUCACCUUAUCUUUGAAUUAAAUUGGUUAUGCUAAAUUA